CGGACUUCGAUUUCGCGUCCCCCGCGCACGUGUAACCACUGUUUACCGGCUAAAGUCAUUGACACGGCAUGACAUACAUUCGGCUGGUGGCUAUACGCUAAUGCGGGCGCAUGGCUUUUCGCGACUGCACCGCACACCCUUAUCAGUGUUGUUUGGUACCGCGAUAAGCGGUGUCUCCUUGGCUGCCCGUACGUUUCCGCGUCUCUUUUUGCGCGUUAGCAACAAGUUUGCGCCGAAACUGAAGCGAGUGUAAAUGUGUUGGGAAUCAUUUGUAUCGAUCGUGUUCGACUUGUGUGCAAUUUUCUCUCGGUGAAUUUACCGACGUGCAUUGUGUUGGUAACCAACCCACUUUAAAUAAAUUCCAACUAUGCAUGCGGUGACGUGUGUGCAAUACCAGUGUCCAAAGUUAUUUAAUAGUUAAAUUUUAAGACAGUUUGUUGUUGUUAAUUCAGUGUUGUUUAUUAGUUGUUAAUAGUGUUAGUGCUAAAGAGUGAUCGAAAAUAUUUCAGUGUUAGUCAAAGCCACGUGCGGGAAUUACUAUAAAACUAUUUUUGUUUAAAACCGUGUGUGGUGGAGCCGUUUGUUUUGAGGCUGUUAGUACCAGGCGACAAGAACGCAUCAAAAGUUUAACAAAUGUGCAUCUAGACUUAGUUAGUUUUACCAGUAACUAACUAACUUAUACAAGGUGACCGACCGACCAUUGUGAUUUGUGAAAGCUAGUUUUAGAAGUGUCACCGUCAAGUACCAGGAAGCUAUAAGCGCUAGAAGAUUUCACCAGCGCAUGCAUAAAUUGUGAAAGCCAGCGAGCGCUGUUCUGUCCAACAAUUUUUAAUUGCAAGUCAGCGGUGCUCUCAACGAUUCAGUUGGUAUCAGGCGCCCAUAACGCAAGUAGAUCUCUCCAACGGAUAGAAUCCAGCAUACUCCUGUCGAGCACCAGGGGCCUGUAAUACAAAGAAUAUUUCAAUUUCACCAUCGGACAGAAGCCAGCGUACUCUGACCGGAGUACCAGGCACCCAUAACACAAAAUUUCACCAACGGAUAGAAUAGAGUACUGGUGCGACGGCCGCGAGUACCAGGCGGGCAUAACGCGCCAGCAGAUUUCCCCGGCGGAUAGAUGGCGCGGUGACAAAGUGGCCUACAUGCCCGUGGCGCUGGGCUCGCUCGGCGGCGAGGGCGAGUACCGCGAGUACCACCACCUCUCGCCGCACCCGCUGCCCCACCAGGUGCAGUACCAUGAGUACGCGCCGCCGCCGCCGCCGCCCAUGUACCACCCCAUGCCGGAUCCCUAUUUUAGGAGGCACGCGCCUUAUUUCGGCCAGCCAGACUACAGAGUAUAUGAGCUGAAUAAAAGACUACAACAGAGGACAGAGGACUCUGACAAUUUAUGGUGGGAUGCGUUCGCGACGGAAUUCUUCGAAGACGACGCGACGCUCACGCUGACGUUCUGCUUAGAAGAUGGGCCCAAAAGAUACACGAUAGGCAGGACACUCAUACCACGCUACUUCCGCAGCAUAUACGAGGGGGGCGUGUCGGAACUGUAUUAUACGAUGCGGCAACCGAAGGAGUCCUUUCACAACACAAGCAUCACACUCGACUGCGACCACUGUACGAUGGUCACGCACCACGGGAAACCGAUGUUCACUAAGGUGUGCACCGAGGGCCGGCUGAUCCUCGAGUUCACGUUCGACGACCUGAUGCGGAUCAAGUCGUGGCACAUGGCGGUGCGCGCGCACCGCGAGCUGAUACCGCGGCAGGCGGUGCACCCGCCGGACCACGCGGCGCUCGACCAGCUCGCGAAGAACAUCACCCGCCAGGGGAUCACCAACUCUACGCUCAACUACUUACGGUUGUGCGUGAUACUAGAGCCGAUGCAGGAGCUGAUGUCGCGGCACAAGGCGUACGCGCUGUCGCCGCGGGACUGCCUCAAGACGACGCUCUUCCAGAAGUGGCAGCGGAUGGUCGCGCCGCCCGAGUCGCAACGGCCGGCGAGCAAGCGGCGCAAGCGCAAGGGCAGCGCGGGCGCGAACGCAGCGCCGCCCGCGCCGGCCAAGAAGCGAUCACCCGGACCUAACUUCAGUCUAGCCUCACAGGAUGUAAUGGUAGUCGGCGAGCCGUCACUAAUGGGGGGCGAGUUCGGCGAUGAGGACGAACGGCUGAUAACAAGACUCGAGAACACACAAUACGAAGGGGACGGGGUUGAGUGGAGCAACCCGCCCCCCGCCUCCCCCGCCAAGACACCCCCCGGCAACCACUGACACCCAGCCCUCGGAUAUGUCGAUAUAAAUAAAUAAAUAUAGGCCUUUACGG